UAUUAUAAAUAUUACCUGUCUAUUCUGAGUUUACCUGUCAAUUCUAACCCUUCUUGCUAAUUUUUUAUGAAUAAGAAUGCUAGGAAAACUAAAAAUAAAGAUCAAAGAGGGGAAUACCGACGUCUGAAAAGGGAAAACACGAGGACAGAUAAUUUGCAAUGUUUUAAAUGCAGACAGUUUGGACAUAUUUUAAAAAAUUGUCUUAGUUUAUCAAAUGAUGAUGGUGAAAACCUGAAAUUUGUGGAAGAAGAAAAUUUUGAUAUUUGUUAUAAAUGUGGAUCUCUAGAACACAAAUCUUUACAUUGUAUUUCUUUUACUUCUGGAGGAGCUGAAGAAUAUCCAUUUGCUAAAUGCUUUGUUUGUGGAAAGAUGGGUCAUAUUGCCAAAUCAUGUUCUUCUAAUGACAAAGGUAUAUAUCCAAAUGGGGGAUGCUGCCUAUAUUGCAGAAGUGUUAGACAUAUGAAAAAAGAUUGCCCACAGAUUAAUAGAAAUAUAAAAUAUAAUAUACAUAAUGAUAUCAGCAGUAGUGUAAAUAUUGUUAAUGAUGUUAAAAAAUUAAAAAAGAAAAAGAAAGUGAUUAAAUUUUAA